AUGGUGACUAUAGCGGGAGUUAUACCGCAGACAGUCAUCGACAGAUGCGAGGCUGCCUUUUCAGAAGUCGAUCAAGAUCGAUGUGGCGCUAUUGACCUGGAAGAUCUGACAAGGGCCUUUCAAACGAUGGGGUACAAGAACUCAGAGGACAGGGCUCUGCAUGACUUGCUUCAAAACCUGGAGCAAGAGUUCGAUGGAAAGACGUCCAAGUAUUUUGAUUUCCAAGAGUUCUUGAGCUUGACUAUAGAAUACCUCAAGAUCAAAGCGGACCAAGAGAACAACGAAAUAGAGCUCAUCUCUGCCUUUAGAACGCUGAUGGGUAGCGAAGCUGAGAGCAUUUCAUCUGAAAGUGUAGAGAAUGUUGUCAAACAAUAUGAGAUGAAUGUCGACUUCAAGUCGCUGUUUGGGGUACAGAUGGGAGGCAACAAAGAGAUGAAUUUGAGAGAGUUGAGACAUGCGCUCAUGGAUGGUCCUGGUUAUGAUGGGAUCACUGAGAAGCCGUAUCAUAAGGAAGAAAAUGUCCAUCAAAAGUAUUGGGUCAACGAAAUAACACAAGAUGCAUGGGAAGAAUCUGUACAAAGAUGUCAUGCAAAGAAAGGAUUUGAACAAAUCAUUGAAGAAGGAAUCGAGGACACAAGCACAUCACGCUUCACAAGAUGA